GCUGGAGCUCCUGGUCUUCGUGGCUUCCUGACGUACAGGUAUUGGGAGAUCCACAGCUAAGACGCCAGGACUCCCUGGAAGCCUAGAAAUGGGACCAUUGACAUUCAUGGAUGUGGUAAUAAAAUUUUCUCCAGAAGAGUGGCAAUUCCUGGACACUGCACAGCAGAAUUUAUAUAGGGAUGUGAUGUUAGAGAACUACAGAAACCUGGUCUUCCUGGGUAUUGGUGUCCCUAAGCCAGAUUUGAUCACCUGUCUGGAGCAAGGAAAAGAGCCCUGGAAUAUGAAAAGACACAAGAUGGUAGCCAAACCCCCAGUUGUGUAUUCUCAUUUUGCCCAAGACCUUUGGCCAGAGCAGGGCAUAAAAGAUUCUUUCCCAAAAGUAAUACUGAGAAGAUAUGGAAAAUAUGGACAUGACAAUUUACAAUUAAGAAAAGGCUGUGAAAGUGUGGAUGAGUGUAAGAUGCACAAAGGAGGUUAUGAUGAACUUAAGCAAUGUUUGAUAACUACCCGGAACAAAAUAUUUCAGUGUGAUAAAUAUGUAAAAGUCUUUCAUAAAUUUUCAAGUUCAAAUAGCCAUAACAUAAGACAUACUGGAAAUAAUUCUUUCAAAUGUAAAGAAUGUGGCAAAUCAUGUUGCAUGCUUUCACACCUAACUCAGCAUGAAAGAACUCAUACUAGAGUGAAUCGUUACAAAUGUAAAGAAUGUGGCAAAGCCUUUAGUAUGCCCACAAGUCUUAAUAAUCAUAAGAGAAUUCAUACUGGAGAGAAACCCUACAAAUGUGAAGAAUGUGGCAAAGCUUAUAACUGGCCUUCAAUCAUUAGUAAACAUAAGAGAAUUCAUACUGGAAAGAAACCCUACAAAUGUGAAGAAUGUGGCAAAGCCUUUAGUGAGUCCUCAAGCCUUAAUAAUCAUAAGAGAAUUCAUACUGGAGAGAAACCCUACACAUGUGAAGAAUGUGGCAAAUCUUAUAACUGGCCUUCAAUCAUUAGUAAACAUAAGCGAAUUCAUACUGGAAAGAAACCCUACAAAUGUGAAGAAUGUGGCAAAGCCUUUAGUGAGUCCUCAAGCCUUAAUAAUCAUAAGAGAAUUCAUACUGGAGAGAAACCCUACAAAUGUGAAGAAUGUGGCAAAGCUUAUAACUGGCCUUCAACCAUUAGUAAACAUAAGAGAAUUCAUACUGGAAAGAAACCCUACAAAUGUGAAGAAUGUGGCAAAGCCUUUAGUGAGUCCUCAAACCUUAAUAGUCAUAAGAGAAUUCAUACUGGAGAGAAACCCUACAAAUGUGAAGAAUGUGGCAAAGCCUUUAGUGAGUCCUCAAGCCUUAAUAAUCAUAAGAGAAUUCAUACUGGAGAGAAACCCUACAAAUGUGAAGAAUGUGGCAAAGCUUUUAAAAUACGUGCAUACCUUACUACACAUAACAGAAUUCAUACUGGAGAGAAACCCUACAAAUGUAAAGAAUGUGGCAAAGCCUUUAGUGGGUCCUCAAGCCUUAAUAAUCAUAAGAUAAUUCAUAGUGGAGAGAAACCCUACAAAUGUGAAGAAUGUGGCAAAGCUUUUAAAAUACGUGCAUACCUUACUACACAUAACAGAAUUCAUACUGGAGAGAAACCCUACAAAUGUGAAGAAUGUGGCAAAGCCUUUAACCGAUCCUCAUCCCUUACUAUACAUAACAGAAUUCAUACUGUAGAAAAACCUUACAAAUGUAAACAAUGUGGCAAAGGUUUUAGCCAAUCCUCAUCCCUUACUAAACAUAAGAUAAUUCAUACUACAGAGAAACCCUACAAAUGUGAAGAAUGUGGCAAAGCCUUUAACAAGUCCUCAAUUCUUAACAUACAUAAGAUGAUUCAUACUAAAGAGAAACCACAAACCUUAAAGAUGUGAUAAUGAUUUUUAUGAAAGCUCAAACUUUUUUAAAUAUGAAAGAAAUCAUGCUGGUGAGAGAGAACUAGAAAUGUGAAGAAUACGACAAAGCCUUUAAAGGCUAUUUAAAUAGUCAUCUCACUUGAUUGUAGGUAAGAUACUUUAUACUCGAGAAAACUACAAGUGUGAAGAAUGUGGCAAAACUUAACUAAUGCUCAUACCUUAGUGCACAGGAAAUAAUUUAUUUUUGAGACAAAUUGUACAAAUAUAAAGAACGUGACAAAGCCAUUAAUAACUGCUCACAUCUUAACAUCAGAGAGCUAAUACAAGCAUUAAAGGUGCAAUUACUGUCAAAAGAUCUUCCAGAAAAUAGAAGCCUUUAAAAUGUAUUAAAUUUAUUGCUGUAAAUUCGUAUGGCUUACAAUUCAGAAUCUCUACAUGCAAAUUUUUUUAAAAUUUUUCUGGUACUCAUA